AUGCACCUCUCGGCAGUGUUCAACGCGCUCCUGGUGUCAGUGCUGGCGGCAGUGCUGUGGAAGCACGUGCGGCUGUGGGAGCAUGCGUCCACUCUGGAGGAAGAGCUGGCCAUCAGCCGGCAGGCCUCCGAGCCGUCCCCAGCGCUGAGGAUCGACUACCCCAAGGCCCUGCAGAUCCUGAUGGAGGGCGGUACACACAUGGUGUGCACGGGUCGCACACACACCGACCGCAUCUGCCGCUUCAAGUGGCUCUGCUAUUCCAACGAGGCUGAGGAGUUCAUCUUUUUCCAUGGCAACACCUCUGUCAUGCUGCCCAACCUGGGUUCACGGCGCUUCCAGCCUGCCCUGCUCGAUCUGUCCACUGUGGAGGACCACAACACCCAGUACUUCAACUUCGUGGAACUGCCUGCCGCUGCCCUGCGCUUCAUGCCCAAGCCAGUGUUCGUGCCCGACGUGGCCCUCAUCACCAACCGCUUCAACCCUGAUAACCUCAUGCAUGUCUUCCACGAUGACUUGCUGCCUCUCUUCUACACCCUGCGGCAGUUCCCCGGCCUGGCCCAUGAGGCCCGGCUCUUCUUCAUGGAGGGCUGGGGGGAGGGGGCACACUUUGACCUCUACAAGCUUCUCAGCCCCAAGCAGCCACUCCUACGGGCCCAGCUGAAGACCCUCGGCCGGCUGCUAUGCUUCUCACAUGCUUUUGUGGGCCUCUCCAAGAUCACCACCUGGUACCAGUAUGGCUUUGUCCAGCCCCAGGGCCCAAAGGCCAACAUCCUCGUCUCAGGCAAUGAGAUCCGGCAGUUUGCACGCUUCAUGACUGAGAAGCUGAAUGUGAGCAACACAGGAACCCCCCUGGGCGAGGAGUACAUUCUGGUCUUCAGCCGCACCCAGAACAGACUCAUCCUGAAUGAGGCUGAGCUGCUGCUGGCAUUGGCCCAGGAGUUCCAGAUGAAGACCGUGACGGUGUCCCUGGAGGACCAUGCCUUUGCAGAUGUUGUACGGCUGGUCAGCAAUGCCUCCAUGCUGGUCAGCAUGCAUGGGGCCCAGCUGAUCACCACCCUCUUUCUACCCCGCGGGGCGACCGUGGUUGAGCUCUUUCCAUAUGCUGUCAAUCCCGAUCACUACAGCCCCUACAAGACUCUGGCCAUGCUGCCCGGCAUGGACCUCCAGUAUGUAGCCUGGCGGAACAUAGUGCCAGAGAACACAGUCACUCACCCUGAGCGGGCCUGGGACCAGGGGGGCAUUGCCCACCUGGAUCGGGCCGAGCAGGCCCGUAUCCUACAAAGCCGUGAGGUCCCGCGACACCUCUGUUGCCGGAACCCCGAGUGGCUAUUCCGAAUCUACCAGGACACCAGGGUGGACAUCCCAUCCCUCAUCCAAACCAUCCGGCGUGUGGUAAAGGGCCGGCCCGGGCCACGGAAGCAGAAGUGGACAGUCGGCCUAUACCCGGGCAAGGUGCGGGAAGCGCGGUGCCAGACAUCAGUGCAGGGGGCCUCGGAGGCCCGCCUUACUGUCUCCUGGCAGAUCCCAUGGAACCUCAAGUACCUGAAGGUGAGGGAGGUCAAGUACGAGGUGUGGCUUCAGGAACAGGGGGAAAACACCUACGUGCCUUACAUCCUGACCUUGCAGAACCACACGUUCACUGACAACAUCAAGCCCUUCACUACCUACCUGGUGUGGGUCCGCUGCAUCUUCAACAAGAUCCUCCUGGGACCCUUUGCAGAUGUGCUGAUUUGCAGCACGUAG